AUGAGGACUCGUUCGCAACAGGCGUCGCCUGGCGGCUUCGUCUCUCUCGACAGCGAAAGAGCGACUCGUCGUACGCGAUCCACCAGAACUGCAUCUCAGUCGACCACUGAGCCGUCUACAUCUCAAACGACCACUCGGUCGAAGAAUCAGCGCGCGGCCAAGAAACCCGCCCCGAAAAAGACCACCACUACUACCACCAAGACUCAGACUCGCAAAGGCACGACGCGCACGACGCGCAAGACAACUCGCAAGACCACCCAGACCACCCCUGGCGAUGAAGCUCCAGCGACUCAUAACGAUGCCGCCGACGAGAACACCCCCCCCAACGACCCAGAAUCCAUCGACCAAGCUCACGACAGCUCCAAAGAUUCCGAACCCGCGCCCGCUCCCAAACCUGGCUUAUCAGAGCCCAAUAAUUCCGAGCGUGAGUCUUCCACCCCCUCCGCUAAGGUCCCCAAGAAGGCCAUUACCCUCGCCGUACCCCCCGCCGUAACCCAGGGCGGAGAACAAGCCCAACAACCCCCUUUCCCCCAAGCACCAUCCCCAAGGUCAACCAUCGGGACGUCGUGGCUGGAGUACCUCGAAAACAUCAGCGAUAUCGGGUCGCCUCUCUCUGAGAGGUCGAAGACCCCGUCCGUCGACUCGUCCUUCGCCCUCGAGGGCGAGGUCGACGACGAUCUCAUCGCCCAGGUCUCAGAGGCGCUGGCGCUCCAGAACGCCGCCCAGCCCGACGUACCCACUGGGGAAGACCCGAGCACCUCUGAGCUUGCUGAGGUGGGACCAACCACGACGGAGUCUGAGCCAGCGAACACCCCCGCUCGCGUCGUUUCUACGGAGUCGAGCUGCUCGGCUACCGUCGUGGUCUCCGUUGAAGAGUCAGCCGCAGUGGAUGAACUGGAGGAUUUGGCGAAGAGAUUUAGCAAGUUGUCCCUUACUUGCGUCCCUGCGGUUGUUUCUUCAACGGAGUCGCCUGCUACACCAACGUGGCGAUCUGAAACGCAGCAAUCAGCCAACGAAACCGGUGCGUCGCAGACCACUGAUGUUUCUGCUGCCGUUUCAGACGCCUCUGUUGAUCCCCACCGCCUGGCAUCCAUCUAUAACGAUGCGCCUCCCCAGUUCCCUUACGGGGCCUGGCAGGACUUAUACCCUCCCAAGCCGGCGGUGGAGGAUCAACAGAGCCCUUCCACGAUCUUCGGAGGCCCUAUUCCGAGUGGCCCGUCGUCGAUUUUUGACGACGAGCGCCAGGCUGCUUAUUACCUUGGAAGGCAGUCGAUCGUGGAAGGGCCGUUGGUGUCAGAGGCGUUGGCGGAAGCGCCCGAAUUGAUCGCGGGCCUUCCAUCCCACCCAGCUGAGGCAGAACCCGGCGAGCUAUUCCAUCGGCCGUCGACUCCAGCCCCGGGUUUCUGGCCAAGAGGGGGCCGGACACGACUCUCUCCCAUCCCCGAAGAGCCCGAGGAGCCAGAGACGAGUCCCGUCCCCGGCUCAAGUGCUGGUGUGGAGCAGGAGGGCUCUGCCUGCACGCCGGCACCCCUGCCUGCUCCCUCCCCAGUCCCGAUGGUUGACCCCCAAGCCCCAGCCCAUGGGCCGGCGCAGGUCCCCAGCGCCGUUUCCCCCGCCCCGCCCAAGAAAACAAAGGGGAAGGAAAAGACAAAGAAGACCAAGCCGCUGACCUCUUCUAAAGUUAACAGAAAACGGUCUCGUUCUGAGACAGGCGACGAACGUGCCCCCGAAACGCCCAUCGCCAACAAGCGCCGCAACCUGGGCCCCCCUGGAAGCACUCCUUUCGCUCGCCGUCUAACCCCGUUGUCCCGCCGGCUCUCGACAAAUGCAGCGCCAUACUCGGAGAGGUUACGCCGACGUACGAUUGAGAGCCAAGGCCGCAUCCACAGAACGGUCUUUCGCAUUCCCCAACUUAUUGCACAGACGGAAGCGGAUCGUCGAGCCUCGGAGUCAGCCUCACCAAGCCCCUUCCCAGAGCCACCUGAAACGACCUUCGAUUUUACCGUUGAGCGGAACCAGGAAAACCAUCAGACCUCUCAAUCUGAACCCUCUGCGCAGCAGGAACCGUCCACCCCAGACUCAUCUCGCAGGGGAUGGAACAUUCGUGGCUUGUUGAGUUCGGUCCCUCGCUCUCUCUCCAUCUCGCGAUUCCUUCCGUUCGGUCGGUCUCCUAGAACUGCCGAAAGCUCUGCCGCUCCGCAACCUUCGUCGGAACGCAUCAACCGCACGCAACCCCUUGAGACGGACAUGGCCACCUCUCAAAGAGAAACCCAACCUCGUCGUGUCAGUGAGAGUCAUCUCGCGGAAGAGCCUCCCAAAAAGCGCGCUCGCAAUAUGUCUUACUCCCUUUUCCCCGCACCAAUCGAUCGAUCUCUUUACCUGGGAGACAUUCCGAAGACUAAGCCGGCGCCGAAGCCUUCCUCAGAACCUGAGUCUCAGCGACCUCAGAAACAGGCCACAGAAGAGCCAAAGAUCCAGGAAUCGACCGUGGCGGGUGAUGAACCUUCCAGCGAACGUGAAUCCCGAGCCCCAACGACUAGCGACACCGCUCAGAAGAAGCGCAAGCGUGCCCCUUCGCCCGAUGUCAUCCCCAAUCCAAAGGGAUCCAGUUAUGGAAUGGACUUGGAUUACUUCUGCUACAGUUCCGACAGCGACGAGGAGUCCAACAAGCCAUCCCAGCAGAACGAAGCCGAAUCUCCCAACAAACUCUCUCUCGCUCAAAAGGCUGUUCGCAGUGCUCUCCGCUCCGAGCGACACCCUUCCAAGAAGGUCCGUUUUGAUGCAAGCCCUGAAGAUACUCCUUCGAAACUGCGCCUGCGUGCUCGUGCCACCGAUCCGUACCAAGGCAGGCAUUUUAUUGGAAUGGGCGAAGGAUCUCCUUCCACUCCUGCGUCCGCUCCUACCACCCCAACUCCUGCUGAUCGUACGGCGCGCCCUCCGGGUUUCAUUCCCAAUACGCAAGGCACUUUUCAGCUCGAUUACGAUGCUUUCUCGGACGAUUCUGAGUCAAGUGGAGCGCCAUCUCCUUCCGCCGUUACCGCUCCAAGUCCUGCGCCGUCGGAAACUCCGUCUAUCUCUUCCACCCAGGUCGAGGUGGGCGAUAGGGUCCCUGAGCACCUGCAGCCAGCUCCUCUGACUCCUCGCGUGCCACCCCCUCCUCCCUCUACCCCAGCCACGAACAAAGAGGCACUCGAAAGGGCUCGUUCCCAGGCGGAGAAAUACAAGCCUAAGACUCCUAGCGGUCUUCGUACGGCAAGCCGGUACUCGAGCCCUCUGACAGCAACCCCAGAAACUGUUAUUGGACAGCCUCCUCAACCUGUACAGCCUUCUCAGCCUUCUCCAGCCGUCGAAGCAGUCGAAAAAUUCGGCGAUGAUCAGUACGCUCGGGACGCCCAGUGGCUCUAUGAGAACUGCCCCUCUGGUGAUCUUAGCAAACUUUCCUGGCCUGGUAGACAGAGUCUUUCGGAGAGGUUGGGUACCAGCCCCGCUACUCUAGAACUGGUGAACGAGAUCAUUACGGAGUCUGAGAUUGAAGGGGGCUACAAGCUCUUCUGCGAGGGACUGAGGCAGUUUGAGCAGGCCUCUGCUUAA